GGCAAUUUCAAAAAGUCAACUUUCUGUUUUCUUAUCAAAAUUAAACAUUUUCCCGUAAUCUAGUGCACAUAAAUAAAAACUGAUUAUAAAUGUAUAAUGGUUAUAAAAGUAGGCAUAAAUGGUUUUGGCAGAAUCGGCAGAAUUAUGUUUAGAACUUGUAUAUUGAAUCCCGAUGUCGAGGUUGCCGCUGUUAAUGAUCCAGCAGUUGACGUAGAAUACAUCUGUUAUUUAAUAAAAUUUGAUUCAAUACAUGGUAAAUUUGAAGGUGAUGUCGCGCCAUGCAAAGGCGAUAUUCAAAUUAAUGGUAAUUUAGUUAAAAUAUUUCGAGCAAAGCAACCAUGCGACGUGCCAUGGAACACCGCCGGUGUGCAGUAUGUCAUCGAAUCUUCGGGAAUGUUCACCAAUCUAGAAAAGGCUGCGGGCCACCUCUCAGUGGAGGGUGUGAAGCGCGUGGUGGUGACAGCGCCGUCCAGCGACGUGCCCAUGAUCAUCCUGGGGGUCAAUGAUGAUAAACUCAGACCCGAUCAGAGAGUGAUAUCGUGCGCGUCAAGCACCCUGUACUGUUUGGCUCCGAUAAUGAAAGUUCUAGAAAAUAACUAUGGCGUCUCUGAGGGGUUUGUGACUAGCAUACACGCGAUGACUCCUUCUCUCAAACCGCUGGACGGAUUGUGUUUAAGAGGAAAGAACUGGCUUGAUAUGUCUUUCCAGCACUGGCGGGACUUUAGAAGCAUCCAUCAGAACGUGAUCCCCGCGAUGACGGGCGCGUGCAAAGCCCUCGGCAAAAUCCUACCCGAACUCAAAGAUAAGAUGGUCGGCCUCGCCUUCCGCGUCCCCAUCGUUAAUGUAUCCGUUCUAGAUUUGACAAUAAGGUUAAGCAAAAAAACAACAUUAGAAAAUAUCGUUAAAACCGUAGAAAACGCAAGCGAAACGUACUUACAAGAAGUCUUAAAUAUAUCUAAAGAGGAAGCCGUGUCGUCGGAUUUUAUAAGAGACAGUCACUCCUGUAUAUUGGAUGUUAAUUCGAGUUUGCAGCUUCGACCUGAUUUUUACAAACUUAUCUGUUGGUAUGAAAACGAAUUUUCAUACGCGUGUCGUGUUAUGGAUUUGAUAACGUUCUGUGAGCGACGAUUUGAAAAAAAGCAAACAGUGGAAAGUAAAGUGGUCGACGGCGAGACUGAGAGCCCAACUUUGACGGACAUCGCUGUUGGUGCUAAGAAAUUUAGACCAGCAGGUACUUGUCGACAGCAAGUUCCUAAUAUAAUAAAGACAUUUUCCAAAAGUGUCUACAGUAGUAUACAAGAUUUGCAGCCGUUGGCCACGGAAGUGCCUGUGGCCAAUCAAGGAACGUUCACAGACAGACAACCGAAGAAAGUAAACGAAUCAUUACAAGUACCAACCGAGGAUGAAAUAGUUAAGAAUGUAUCGAUAUCAAAUUCUAUUCAAAAAAUUGAACCUACAUCGAGCGCUAGUAAAAUGGUAGAAGCUAAACCGAGUGUUAAUAAAAACAUUCAUAAAUCUAAACAAGAACGAAAGGAUUUUAACGCUCAGAAUCAUUUAGAGAGUGUGAGAAGGGAGUUAAAUAAAAUGAUGAAUGUUACUCAAGGAUUGCUUGAGAAAUCUAAUAAGCUAUGCGAUCCGUUCAAAUUUAAGAUGGAAGAUCAGGAGUCGAAGAAAACCAAAGCGGAUAGAUCUAUAGCGUUCAUUGAGUCGAACGAAUCUAUGGAGUGUACGGGAUGUAUGAAGAGUCAAGGAACAGUUAAUGUUAACAAACAAUUAGAGAAAGCGUGUUCGGGUAGAGGGGAUACGAAAAAUGAUAAUGCGAGACCGAUGCCUGUGGAACAAUCAGUACUCACUGAAGAUGCUUCUAAAGUACAUGGUGAUGAUAUAAGUAAGUUCCAUGUAAAAACAUUAUACAAUACUAAUUUCGAAGAGAUGUCCGAUAGUCGUCAUGCGGGUGAACUGGUACAAAAAAGAGCAAUAACAAAACUGCAAAAGACAAGCACGAGCUUCCUUAGAGAAAAUCCUUACGUGUAUGCUUUUAACAAGAAACAUGAAUUUAGAAAUGAACAAUUUAAAAAGCAAUUACAAAACACUAGUCCAGUCAGUAUAAAGAUGGAAGGGAUAAAUCUCACUGGUAACGAAGCUCAUUGCUCUGAAAAUAUAUCCAGAUAUAUUAUAGUACAGGAAACUGAGAACACUAAAAAUGAUCGUAAAUUUUUGGGACAACGACUCGUUGGGAAACAGAACAUUCUGGUACAAAAGCAAGUGAUAUGUGAAAAUGUAGCUCUGCACUCUAAUGAAAAUAAUGCCUUUGUUAAACGAGAUCCAAAUAAAGCGAAGCAAGAUUUAUUUGAUAAACUCGAUAGUACUAGUGCAACUAAUUCUGAAAAUUCAUUUCACGUUAAGGAGAAACAAUCUCAAGUUAUUUGUAUAAAUGAUCUGACAAAUUCAUUAGAAGAUAUAUCUCGUUUAGAAAAGAUAUGCAAGAUUAUUGAAAUUUCCGACGAUCUAUCAGACGAGUUGUUUUCGAAAUUAAAACCUACAGAACCGACAAUGAAAAAUAAAAAAUGGUCCUUCAAAGAUCUUUGCGCUAAAAUUAAAUUGGACGAUUUUUGUGAUAAAGUUUUUCGUGAGUAAAAAUUUUGUUUUUGAUAGUACUCUUGUUUGUAAUAAAAAGUUUUUGUUUUCUA